CGCAGUUUGGCACAAACUACACGUCAUCUGAAAACUGAAAAUUCAAAUUCUCUAGAGUCCCGCCAUUUCUCUUUCAUCUCCGAUCACCGCAAUAGUUAAACCCUAGAAAAAUUGGGCGGAAUGGAAGGCGCCGGCGACGACGGCAUCUUACAAUACUUCGAGAUAGGAGCUGCGAUCGAGAUAAAGAUCGACGAAGACGGAUUUCGCGGGUCUUGGUACGAGGGCACCGUGCUUCGGGCGCCGAAUGACUUAUCCAGCAGCGUUCUUGUGGUAUACAAAACUUUGGCGGAGAACGACAAGGGAAAGCGGCCACUUAGGGAGCUGCUGAACUUGGUGCAGCUGCGGCCGUCGCCGCCUCCGGAGAACCGCCCUUCCUUUAAGCUCAACGACGAAGUGGAUGCUUACUACAACGACGGGUGGUGGGAGGGGAAGAUCACCCAAAUUUUUAGGGUUAAAUAUCUGGUGUACUUCCCCCUGUGGAAGGAGCAGCUGCCCUUCACCGCCUCGCAGUUGAGGCUGCACCGCGACUGGAUCAAUGAGCAGUGGGUCCUCCCUUCGGAAAAUAAAACUCCAUCGCCGUCUAAAGCGGUGAUUGAACACAACUUUAGCAAAGGAGACCGUGUGGAAGCCAGAAGCGAUGAUGAUGGUUUUCAAGGUGUUUGGUUCCCUGCAAUUUUUUUGGAGAAAAAAGAGGCUGGCAAGUAUCUAAUUGACUGCCCACCACUGAUGAGCAAUGAUGAAACAGGCCUAUUCGACGAAGAGGUCGAUGGACUCCAUUUAAGGCCACGCCCUCCUGAUGGUGAAGUCCCUGGAAGAUUAGGAUAUACCGAAAAAGUUGAUGCUUUCUGCGACGGCGGGUGGUGGGAGGGGAAGAUUACCCAGACAUUGGAGGAAGCGGAUGAAUAUCAGGUGUUAUUGCAAAUGACAGGGGAGCGUCUUUCCUUCACCCCCUCGAAGUUGAGGCCUCACCGCGAGUGGGUCAACGAGAGAUGGGUCCCCCCUUUAGAGCCCUCCUGCUCAUCGUACAACGCUAAUCAGUUCUCACCUGAAGUGGAAGCAGUGACUGAACAUAACUUUAACUCAGGAGACCAUGUUGAAGCCAUGAUUAAUGAAGAUGAUUUUUAUGGUGCUUGGUUCCCUGCAAUUGUUCUUGAGGAAACAGAGGCUGACAACUAUAUGAUUGAGUACAAAACAUUGAUGAAUGAUGAUGGCACAAGCCUCUUGAGAAAAGAAACUGAUGGACUCUUUUUAAGGCCAAGCCCUCCUGAUGUUGAAGUCACUGGCAGAUUUCAAGUUAACGAAAAGGUUGAUGCUCUUUACAAUGAUGGUUGGUGGGUUGGUACGAUUACGAAAGUUCAUAGAAGAGGAAGAUACUCCGUAUACUUUGAGACGCUUCCCAAGGAGUUAAAGUAUGAUCAUUCUCAGUUGCGGGUGCAUCAGGAAUGGAUAAAUGGCGAAUGGCAAAACUGAUAUGCAAAUCAUAAAAUCGGUGAUGAUUGUGAAGAAUAUCUUUCAGCACAAGUGAUUGAAUUUGUGAGUGCAGGAUCCCGAGUCUUCGUAGCGACCUUUCUUGGGAAAAAAGUGUAAAUGCUUUAACCCUCUGCUUCAUUUUCACUGGUAUCAUAUUUUCAAGGCAGUGCCACCAGUGGAAUCUGAAUCUUCUGCUUCCAUGUAUAAGGUUACCAUAGGUAUUCUAGUGCCUUCCAAAUCCUGAUUUUGUUAAAUUUCCUUCUUAUGUUCUCUUACUAAUAACAAUACAACCUACCUAUGCUCAAGUUGGUAAAUACUAAAGACCUUAAUAAGAUGAUAAGAUCCACGUAUUCUAUCAUCUGUUGUUCAA